AUGUGUGUUUUGAGCAGGCAGUUGCUCCAUAACAGCAACUUGAGUAGCAGCAACGGCACGGAGGACCUUUUUCGAGAUAGCAUCGACUCAUGUGACAUCGACAUCAAUGAGAAGGUAUCGUCUUUGGAAAGGAAGGUUGCAGAACUGGAGAAUGAAAUUUUAAUCCACGAUGAUCUCAAGUCCAAGUUGAAGCAAGACAACACACAUUUAGUACACAGGGUUAAUGAGCUUGAGGAACAGCUAAAAGACCAGGAGACACGGGAGGACCAAAAUCUGCAAGGGGAGCUGAGACGACAUCGAGAGACCUUCAGCAAGAUGGAGAGAGACAAAACUACACAGAUUGAGCUGCUCAACAGCCGAGUUAAGCAGCUGGAGGAUGAGAAAAAUGAGAUGCAUGUUAACAUGAGCCGACUGAAGACGCAGACAGAGAAACUGGAUGAGGAGAAGCAAAGGAUGACUGAUAAGCUGGAGGACACCAGCUUGCGCCUGAAAGAUGAAAUGGACCUGUACCGAAAAAUGAUGGACAAACUGAGACAAAACAGGCAGCAGUUCCAGGAAGAGAAACAAGCCAUGCAGGAGCUGAUGGAGGACUUGCGGCGAGAGUUGGAGCACUUGCAGGUCUUCAAACUGGAGGCCGAGAGGCCCGGACGCAGUCGGAGCUCAUCUUCUAGUCUUGCCGACUACAACAACAGGACCAGGGAGAUGGAGCUGGAGUACGAGGUCAAGAGGCUCAAGCAGGAGAACCACAGGCUGAAGGAGCAGAACGAUGAGCUGAAUGGCCAGAUUCUCAGCCUGAGCUUGUACGAAGCCAAGAAUUUGUUCGCCACGCAGACCAAAGCCCAGUCUCUGGCUGCCGAGAUAGACAACGCCUCCAGAGACCAGUUAAUGGAAGCCCUGAAGGAGCAGGAGGAGAUCAACAUGCGCCUGCGACAGUACAUGGACAAAAUCAUCCUCGCCAUCAUUGAUCACAACCCUUCCAUCUUGGAAAUCAAGGCCUAGCCACAGCUGUUUGGAGUCUGCCCAGAAGUGAGGGGAGCUUGAUUAGAACACUGGAACAUCUCCCCCUGCUGUUUGUGGUUUGGACAACAGCCCUAAAGGGAGAAUGCUGAACUAAAGGGAGUGUCACCUUUUUGUGCUCGUGCUUUACACGCUUUGGGACUGGAAACGCGACACUCGACACGUGCACACUGGCGGGAAAAACUGGAAGAGCUUAUCCCAGAGGGCGCUGUGAUAACAGUUGAGAGACAUUAUAGCCUGGUGUAGGCAAACACUGUGAGAUGCUUAGCAACCAGAACAGCAACCUAACCGCAACGCUUUGUGCCAGUCUAACACUACUCAAGCACUUGGAACCGACAUGUUUGAAAAGCGGGUUGAGAAAAGUUGACAAAGUGUUCAGAGAGAGAGAGAGAGAGAGAGAGAGAGAGACUAUGGCUCAUGCAUGCUAUUUGGAGGUGGGUUUUGGUGAAGUUGCUCCUUGCAAAUGAAGCUAAUAUAUCACUUUACUCCUAAAAACAUGUCUUCCAUUAACUUUGCAGUGACAGUGUCACUGUUCAGGUUUAGUCAUGCGUCACUUUAGGGAGGGGACACCGCAGCCAAGGAGUGUCUCUAAACUCACUUAUGAUGCUUGAAAGGUGUCACUGCUGUCAGCAAUAAUAAUAAGCGCAACUAUGUUGCACAUAAAAGUUAUGAAACAAAUGUACAGGAAGUAAUAUCUGCUCCUGUGUGUGCAUACAUGGAAGGAACCUCUUUUUGUUGGUACUAAACACAACAUUAGCAAGCAAAUGACCCUGUGAUACUUUCCAAUAACAUGAAUGUACAUCUUGAUAUUUCACUUCAAUAUGCUGUAUUAUGUAAUUAACUGGAACCUGAGUUUUGCUUUCUUGCACAAAACCUUUUGUUUCCCUUUUGCAUGGCUCAUAUUUCUCUGUCUGUGCCUUGGGAGGACAAUUUCAGGCGGCUCUUGUAAGAUUCAUUGAUUAUGAAGGUACAUUGUAUGUCUUAAUCAUGUUUCUGGACUUGUACAUAUUGUAUUUACACAGUGAUCAUUUGUAAAUAUGUUCAGGUUGGAUUCUAUUUUCUACAAAGUUAUUAGGAAAAGAACAAGAAAUGGCUUAAGUGUCCAAAAAUAGACAGCUAGCACACUGCAUUGUAUGAAAGUUAGCGCUUUGUCAGUCUAACAAACUGUAUAACACUGUUGGGUUUGUUGUAUUUCUAUGUGUUAUUGCUCACAAUAAGUGCACAUAUUUUCAGUUUUAUGAUUAGUUAUCUGUCUUCCUAAACUAAUCAUAAUGGUGAGUGAGCAAUAUAUAUUGUUAUGCCUAACAAAUGGUUUCACUUUUUGGGCAUUUCUAAAAUGGAAAUUAAAGGGGUACACUGAGCUAUGAAAAAAUGCCACAUUAUUUCUUUAGGUUGUUUUUCUGUAGUA